UCAGAUGAUCAGGCUGAUCCGCGCCUGUGCCUCAUCUGUGGCGACCGUGCGACGGGCCUGCACUAUGGCAUCAUCUCCUGCGAAGGCUGCAAGGGCUUCUUCAAGCGCAGCAUCUGCAACAAGCGCGUCUACCGCUGCAGCCGUGACAAGAACUGCGAGAUGUCACGCAAGCAGCGCAACCGCUGCCAGUACUGCCGCCUGCUCAAGUGCCUACAGAUGGGCAUGAACCGCAAAGCAAUCAGAGAGGAUGGAAUGCCAGGGGGAAGGAAUAAGAGCAUUGGACCUGUCGAGAUUUCGAAUGAAGAAAUGGAACGCAUUAUGACAGGCCAGGAGUUCAAGGAGGAUGCUGGUUUGCCAGAGCACACAUGGGGAAACAACGGCGACAGCGACCACAGUUCCCCCGACAACGGCGUCUCCGAGGGCAACCAACCCUCGCCGGUCUCCACCCUUUCGUCCAGCAGAUCCCUGGAAAUGAAUGGCUACACUGCUACCUACCGGGACCAGUACGUGGGCAUGCCCGUGUCCUCACACUACCAGUUCCUGCCACACCUUUUUGGUUAUGCCCAGUCAGUCCUUAGGCCCACCCUGGGUCGCAGCCUGUACCCCCAAUCGCAGACCCUUGUCUCGCAACUGGUGGCAGCCGAGGACCUGGCCCCCCUGGGGACCCCCAUGCUCAUAGAAGAUGGGUACAGGGUGACCCAGGGGGAGCUGUUUGCCCUGCUCUGCCGGCUGGCAGACGAGCUGCUGUUCCGGCAGAUCUCCUGGAUCAAGCGGCUGCCCUUCUUCUGCGAGCUGUCCAUCGAAGACUACACCCUGCUGCUCAGCGCCACUUGGCAGGAGCUCAUCCUCCUCUCCAGCCUCACCAUCUACAGCAGCCAGAUGUUCGGGGAUCUGGCCAACGUCACCACCAAGUACUCGCCCUCUGACUACGAGCUGCAAGGGUUUAGUGAAGAUGGAAUGGAUGUGAUGGAGAGAUUGAUAUACCUGUUCCGCAAAUUUCAUCAGCUGAAGGUUAGCAACGAGGAGUAUGCCUGUAUAAAAGCCAUCAACUUCCUCAACCAAGAUAUCCGAGGGCUUACUAACAUUUCUCAGCUGGAGAAGCUGAACAGGCGUUACUGGUAUGUAUGCCAGGACGUGGCUGAGUAUAAGUACCCUCACCAGCCCAAACGCUUCCCUGAGAUCAUGAUGUGCCUCCCUGAGAUCCGCCACAUCGCAGGGAAGCUGGUGAAUGUUCCAUUGGAACAGCUCCCCCUGCUGUUUAAGGCCGUCCUGCACUCCUGCAAGUCCAGCCCCAACACCCUCCAAGCAGGCACCACCUCCUGCCUGACAACAGGCCCCAACCCUGGCAACUGAGCCACGCCUCUCAAAACCCACCGUCCACCUGAAGGAGGGGGUGACCCCCUUCUUUCUUUUGUGAAUGUGACAGUUAUUUUAAACUUAAUUGUUUUCCUAAAUGUAUUUAUUACACGACAGAUCUGAAUGUAUUCACGCCUCCGCAACAAGAAAUGCACAACCAAUGCAUUGUUCACACGUGUAAGUGCAGUUUACACGUGUGUGAAGUGUUAACAUGGUAGCUAUUUUUCGUAUAGAUUUCCAGGAAGUUUUUUUGUUUGGGGAUCCACUAGAAAACACUAGUGUUACUGAAUGACUACCUCAGUAAGUAUUGGUUGUGUUUUCAGUGGACAUAUGCCUGUGUCAGUGAAAAGAUAACCUCAGCAGUCUUUGGUAUGUUUGUACUAUCCUCAGUUACAGUAAAGUACAUGCGAUAUACUUCCCCACUGUGUUAAAAAAAAAAAAUCAAUGUGACGUUAAUGAUUGUUACCAAAGGUCUCCAAAGAUACACUCAGUUACUAAGUGUAGUUAAAUUGAGUUUUAAUAUAUACUACAUGCUAUACAUUUAGCUUUUUAAGAUUAGUGAAAUGUAUCAUGGUGGGGGGUGAGGUUUCUCAAGUGGUAUUGGUAUAUCUACUCAAACACAUCUGCCAAUAGUGACAGAUGAGAUUUCCCAAGCUGCCUUCACUGAUGCCUUGUAUUCCAUCACUAGUAAUGUCAACAUAAAGUGGCGGCAUAUUCAAGUCUCUUUUUCAUUUACAUUUCUACUCAAGCCUUUCAGCAGGUAAAAAUGAAAUUUAGUCAAAAUUGAUACGGGUAUUUUUAAGGCUAAUGAUAUUGAAGUAAGUGGAAGUGAAGGCGGUUCUUUCAUGUUUUCAACUAAAGUUGAAAGAUUUUCCGAUGGUAUUUGUUGUUAUUUCUUGAUCAAUCAAUUAAUUAACUGAAGGACCACUCUGGGAUUGGUGAUGAUAGGCCAGUAAAACGUUGCUGUCCCAGUCGACCUUCUCCUGAGAUGUACCAGUUACUGCAGAUGCCUGGGAGGACGAGAAGUGCAAUAUGCACACUGUUGAAAACCCAGGGUGUGGGUGGGUUUUUUAAAUAGAUGCGAAAUGCUGCCCAAUAGUGGCAAGCUCAGCCAUAGUUCAAGAGUAUCGUUGUUGUGUACUCUACUCUUUCAAGGGACAUGUUCAAAGCAAAAUCCCACCUAUGACCUCUAGGGUCACAGCGAUUGUUAUGUCUGCAUGUGCGUCAACAAAAAGGUUGCAGCUGCCAGUUAAUGUUUUCUGUGAUAUUUUCUCACUUGAGUUUGCAAGAACUUGAGUUCUAAACAGGGUAAGGUGGAAGUUUGGUGUACGGCAUUCAGAAGUUACUCAGGAUCACUUUGUUGAAUUGCAUUUAAUAUUAGUAGUUGUAGGUUUUGGGGGACGUCGUAAGUAGCCGUCUUGUCUUUUGGGGACUUUUUUUCUUUAGGGGAGUUGUUGUAUUUGUGUGGGUGUUUGGACUAUAUGGAAUAGAAUAUACGAUUUUAAUGGACUAAUAAGGAUACAAUUUGGGUUCUGAAUUGAUGUAAGGUUCUGUGACUGGUUAGACUCAUAUUCACUUGUAUUCUCAGGUGUGUUACAAACAAGGCAAAAAAGUGCAGCAAUGACCAGACUCGAUCAGUUAGGAGUGUUACUUCGGUACUGUUACUGUAAGGAAAUAAAUGUUGUGGUAAGGGAUAACUGGCAGUCAAAUUCAUAGAGUGCACCCCUCCCCUUCAAAACAUUCCAAAUAGAACUGAAUAUAUUUGUUAUAUCUUUGAAUGUUUACAUAUUUGCACCAGACAAUGAUUUAAGUGAAGGUACUGUGCCAGAGUUAAUGGUUUUGCUAUAGGUCCUCAGUCAGAGCCAGUUGUGGCAUUUUGACCAGGCCUAGAAGUUCCUCUGUUUUAGCCAUUCUGACAACCUCUUGCAUACACACGUCUUUGAACAAACUAUGGGAAUUGAUGCCUAUUCGUAAAUGAAUUAGCCACAUCUAUUCAAUGUCCCGCUUUUGUCUGUUUUUAUUAAACGUUUAACAUUUGUCAUUUACUUGGAAUGUAUUUUGUUGUUUUACAAUAAUGUUUUGCAUAUCAAUUAGAUGUUUGAUUGUUUGAAGUAUAAGUGACUAGGAUUUGUCGUUUUUUUUUAUUCAGUGGCUGAAUCCCAAAUCACCCCCUUUCCCGCACCCCUCGGCCCUCCAUUUGCACAUUCACACGUGCCUCUUCCAUAUGCAUAAGUGUCCCAAAGCUGAGGUAGUGAAAAUUAUCAAGGGUGUAGGGGCUAAUUAGACCCUUCGACAGCCACUUCGACCAAGCCAGCAAGGCUGCAGGCUCCAGAGGGAAAUACUAUCCACGAGUGUGUCCCAAAGUUGAUGGGUUUAUUGAUCCCCUCGCCACUCUGGAAGUCACCCUCUGAGUUUCGUCAGCAACACGUGACAAUGGAGGUCCUUCCGAGUGAGUUGGUAGGGGCGAGGAGCUGGUUUGGGAUUCAUCGAGUAUUCUGUCCCAGUCAUUUACCAGAAACAAGGUAGCCAUCUUGGAGAUGCACGGUUUGUGAUGCAUGUGUUGGCCUGUAGGGAGGCGCUAUCUGUCAGUGGUGUCCAGUUUUCAAGGGGCAUCCUGCAGCUCAGGGAUUCAAAUUGACAGAGUAGCUCCGCUUUGGUUCAUGGUUGAGAUGUUAGAUGUUUGUUGACCGGUGUGUGUGUGUGUGUGUGUUUUAAUGGAUAUUGGCUUUAUAAUUGGGGAAGAUACCUUUUAAUCUUACUCAGUUGGGGAAGAUACCUUUUAAUCUUCCUCAAUUUAAGUGGUAAAGGACCCUAACCACUAGGUGCUAAAAAGAAUAGGGCCAGAUCAUCACAACACCUUUGCAUUUGCGUUCAUAAUGCUUAACUCUGCUGUGCUGUGUAACAAUCAACACUUUCUUUUAUUCAAGGGAACACUGUUGGGGUCCUAUGCAUAAAGCCAUUAUACACUUUACCAAUAUGGUGCCUGAUAACCUCUCGCUUAUUUUCAAUACAAGACUGCCGAUAUUCAAACGUAUUCGGCAAAUCCAUUUUCUCAUUCUCUUUGAUAGAAUGUAUCAAUCAAAAGAAAGGCUUUUGAAUUGCAGUGAUAUCAGGUGUCAUAGAAUGUUUUUGGGGGGGCACAAUGCUUUGUUUGUUUAUGUUGGUGUUCUGGGUGUAAAAAAGUUGCAGACAGAGAAAUUCUAAAGUUAAGAGAUGUGAUGUUCUACUGUAACAUGUUGUUUCUUAAAGCUAGAAUCCUUAAUUGAAAUAAUAACAAAGGGAUCACCCCACCUCAGUUUUGGUAAAAAGCUGAGGGAUGGGCCUGGAGAAAUGUGACCACUCUCAAAUUCAUAGAUAGAGCUAUGAAUGCACGGAAUGACCAUCCAUGAUAUCAAAAUGAUAGUUUUAACCAUAUUUUGAGGCUAUACAGUGUUUGUUUAUAUUUUCUUUG